AUGGAAGCAGAAGCAGCAGCAGCAGCAGCCACCGCUGCCCCGUGCCUCCCCUCUCACUCUCCGAGGGUCAGGGCCGCUCCGGUCAGAGUGGUCGCGAGGAUUUGCCCCGGCGGAGACCCCGCUGGUUCCUUCCAGGUCGCCGCCCGCGUCCCCGAUCCGGCCAAUUCCUCCUCCGCUUCGGUCUCCUUCAUCCCCGUCAUCAAGGAGGCCGCUCCCUCUGGAAGCAUGACUCCCCACAAGCAUCGCGAGUACAAACUCGAUUGGUGCUAUCUCAACGACAAUUCGGACACAGACAUCUUCCAGAAUGAGGUUAAACACCUCGUGGAUAACAUAUUUUGCGGCGACGGACGCAACCACGCAUGUGUAAUCACUUGCGGUUCCAUUGCCAAAACCCACCUCGUUAUGGGGUCCGAGGAUCAUCCUGGCUUGCUUACCAUGGCCAUGGAGCGAAUCCUUGACUGCACAAAACCCAUCAGGGCAACCGUCAGCCUUUCCUCUUAUCAGGUGCUUCAAGACAGCCAUGUAUUUGAUAUUUUGGAGCCCAAGGACAGCGAGAUCCUUGUGCGAGAGGAUGCCGAUGGAAGGACUCACCUCAAGGGCCUCUCCAAGGUUGGAAUUAAUUCAAUUCAGGAGUUUCAGAAUUUGUGUUAUGGGAGCGACAAGCUCCAAAAUCCCACCAAAGUUUCCAACCAAGCUAGAGGACACCGUGGUUUUAUUAUUUUCAUUUCUAAAAUUGAUCAGAAUGGUAGAGAAUGUUCUGUAGCAAAUAUGCAUUUUCUUGAGUUGGCAGGCUAUAUCAAUAACAAGCAAAAGAGCCAUGGUGGAGGAUUUGCUCAACCAAAUUCUAAGAAGUCCUUAUAUGCCGUGAUGGAUGUUGUGCAAGCUCUAAACAGCCACCAGAGCUUCAUACCCUAUAGGAAGAGCAAAGUAACUCAUAUUUUGCAAGAUUCUUUAUGCAAGACAAGUGAUGCUUUAUUAAUAGCAUGUUUGUGUAGGAUGAAGUCUCCUGCCAAGAUGCAGUCUCUACUAUAUGAAACAAGCACACAUUCAGCGAAAAAAGCUGUAAACUUAGUCUCUGCUUCAACUAAUUUGAAAGACUCUGGUGCUAAGUCUAUCCUGAGAGGAAGGAAUUUGCUUUUUCCAACUACUAGUUCAUCAAAGGAAGAUAAGAAAGAUUUGGUGACAACUGCGGUAGUGAGACCUAAGGAGGUAUUGACAUCAAUUUGCAUGGAAAUCCAAGCCCUCCCACCAAUUGAGGAGAAACGUGUCGACACAAAAAACAAUGUAAUAUCAUGUGAAAUGCAAGAAGUAGUGCCUUGCAGCAUGAAAGAAGUAGUACCAAGUGAUGUGAAAGAAGAGGAUCAUUCCUCUUCAGCAGAGAACUUGUAUGCUGACUUAGGCAUGACAUGCUCAUCUAAUGCAGCUGAUAAAUCUAAUGAGAAAACCUCAGCCAACAUUAUCCAAUCCUCUCCAAAGAUAAGUGACCAACUGAGAGAGAUAUCAAACUCAUUGAAGCUUCUCAGUACUAUGCCAUCGAGCAUAGUAAAACAAAAAACAGAUAUAGUUCAUGCCAAACCCUUUGACAUAGUUGAAGCAGAACCAAAAACUCCUGAGAUCCACUUAAAAGUUGGGCACGUUGAAGAUCCACAAGAGUCACUCAAGGCUCACAGCACAGGGUUUAAGAAAUCCUUGGCUAAAGAGUGUUUGUCUUUUAUAAACAGCGCUAGUAAGGAGCAGUUAAAAAGUUUAAAGGGUAUUGGAGAGAAAAGAGCAAAUUUUAUACUUGAGCUUCGAGAGGAGUCACCAGAGCCAUUGAAAGAGAUUGAUGAUCUUAGAAGCAUCAUCGGGAUGAGCAAAAGAGAGAUCAAUAAGAUGGUGUCAGAGAUGGUUUUGGACUCGGAGAUGGACUAG